AUGUCGAAUGGGACAAAGCUGUUACGUUGUGAAUCCCUGGAGACUGGCGUCAACAUCUUCAACUUCGCCAGAAACAAGCCGGUCACGCAGAUCACGGCGAAGCUGGUGCCACUAAUUCACCCGUUAGAAUCACAGCUUGGUCACCACAGCGGCACCGUCGAAACGCCGCGUUCUACAGCGUCGAACUUUGCCAUCACUGCCAACGACGUAACGCAGCUAAUACUCCAGGCCGCCAACAGGGAAUUUGUAAUUGACGGAUGCGUCAUAAUAAUA